AUGGAGGCUGCCACCGGCAACAUCGACUGGAAGGAGCUCAAGGUGAAGAUGCGGCAGAAAGUGCAGGUGUGGCUUCAACAACCGUUGUUCCCACCUGUGCUUCUUAUGCUUCAGGCCUUGCGGCCAAUGUCUCGAUUUUACCACCGCCUGAUUUAUUCGGGCAGUGCGGAAUGGGAAGACAUUGAGAGGACGAAAGAGUCCCAAGGCUGCCGUCGAUCGUAUGCGGUGCUUGAGGCGGCGCGGGAAUCAGAUCUCAAUGCUUACCGGCGGAGUGUGAGUGACACCUUCCACGAGCAGAUCGUGCUUCUCCCGCGAUGGUGUCACUUCCGCCACUACCAGGUGCUUCUGUUUCGCAUGCUCAGCCGCAAUGUGUGCAGCACGGAGUUUCUGAUCGGCACAACCUACAGGUCAUACCCAAUCAAGCUCUUCAAGAGUUUAGACAAGGUGCACGAGGCGAAGGAUCCGGAGUGCAUGCACUGCCGUCUCACAAAGCUGAUCCUCUCGGAGGGUUGUGACCUGGACAGUCCUGAGUCGCAAGCUGUUCUGACGGCCAUCGCUUCAAUGUUUCAGUUGCACAUUGCUUCGAUAGAAGCCCGCCAUGCAUCAACACGGAGAAUCACAACCAUCAAAUCGGUGCAAACACACCGCCCGACACUGACGGCCGUGGGGGCCGAUUGGUUCUGCCGUGACAUGCCUGUGUCCGGAACAGCCCAAGCAGACACCGUGCCGCCCGAGCCGAAGCAGCCGGAGCGAAAGAAUCCUUGGAAUGCAUUCCUCAGCGAGAAGUGCCGCCGCAGAAUCUCUGACCUCGGCAGCACUUCGUACGCUGCUGUCGUUGAGGAGUACCGUAGCUUGACACCCGCAGAGCAUCAGAGGUACCAAGAGAUGGCAGACGUGGCUUUCUGUGCGAGAGCCCGAGGUCUGCCGGGUUAUGCUCAUCAUGGUGCUAUUCCUGCAGCAGCGGCAUCAUCUUCUGGCUCUGGCAAGGAAGUGGCCGUGGAAGCUCUUGUGGCUGUGCCUGCCGCUGGCCACCAGGAGUUGGCAGUCCCUGACCAGGCUUACAAGUUGAUGGCUGCAGACUUGUCAGACAAACUGCAGGUGGUUCAGCAGGAGUAUCACAGGCGAUCUGCGUCUGUGAAAGACUGGUGUGACAUUUUUCGCGACAGCCGGGUUCAGCAUCGGCAAGAUCAAGAGCAUCUUUUUCGAGAAUGUGGUGUGGUGGAGCAUGUGCCUGCGCUUAAUGGCCUCGUGUCGGCGGAAAUGCGCGUACCAGCGGACAAGAUCGGCGAAGAUCUGCUCUCAGUUGGUGAAAAGAGCACCUUGCGGGCCUCUCUUUUGGACAAGUGGCAGAGCAUGUGUGACUUGAUUUUGAACACAGAUGAGACACCAUUUCCAGAUGCUUCAGAUGCUCUUCCAACUCGUUGUGCACAGCUCGGCAUGUGUGUCUGUGCUUCACGUGGCUUGCAAGCUUACCUCUUUCAUUGCAGGCUGAUUUUCUGUUUGAAGGCAUUCUUCACACCCAAGAGAUCCCGCAAGAUUCGGGAUGCUGCUGGCAACAUGGUGAUCAAGGAGCUGUCGCAAGCCGAGCAGCAUCAGCAGACAAAACUGAAAUCCAACCGAAAGCUUCUGGAUGAUGGUUUCGUUGUUGUUUGCUUGCGGCCAUCCAGCCGAACUGCCGCAGCAGAAGAGGUUCUGCCUCACAAGUACAUGCACUCCUCCUGGAAAGCUUUGGCCCUGACUGCAAUGAAUGUCAGUGCGGAGGGUGAAGCAGAUUCUCCAACUUCCCUCUGGCUCCAUCUCGGCCACAUCAAUUAUACGACGUGGGCUCUCGGUGUGUUGCGUCUGGACGAAGCUGGUGCUGAUGAGGCUCGGCCUGAGUACACGAAGCUUCAAGUGCCCACACCUCAAGAAUGUUGCCAUUCCGUCAGAAUGUUUGAGCAAAGCGGCAUCAAUUUCAGUGGCCCGUGGCAGUUCACUGUCAGCAUGAUCUUGAGCAACAAUGAUGAGCUGGAAAGGGCCAGCAUGCGACCCGACACAGUGCUUGUGAAACAGCAUGCAGAAGUGCCCAACAUGGAAUUCUGGCAGGGCUGGCCGGCAGAACAGGCCCGCCAUGAAAAGAACUCCAAAAGUCGACCUGUGCCUUCAUCUGGCAAGCGGAAGAAGGAGACAUCUUCAGCCACAGCUGGGUUCCGGAAAAGAACCCAAGUCUGCGCCGGGCUCAUCCACGGAUGCCGUGGAGCCUCUGCCUGCACACGAACCGGAGGACGAUGUGGCUGGAGAUCCAGUGGAAGAAGAUCUUCUGCAUGA